AUGGCAACUCGUUUCGACGGUUUCAUUUUCGGAGCCUUUUGGGUUAUUUUAAUUGCAAACCUUCCUUUGCCUCUUAGGAACAAGCCCCUGCAAGAGCCCGUCUGCAGUCAGCUGGAGAGGAACAGAUCCUCCGGCAAAAUGUGCCCAGAGUGCGAGAUUCUGUUCUGCAAAAAGUGCGAGACGUUACAUUACAGCCGGGCUUUCAUUGAACAUGGACUGCUGGGCCACAGCACAGAAAACCUGCCCGAGGCUUUGAGCCCAGCGCUGAGUGCAGGCUCUAUAGAGCUGGCUGUCGCUCCGGAGGAGUCAGAAGAGGAAAUAAAGAGGCAGUGAGAAGGAUAAUGGAUUAAUUUCUUGGUAGUCCACAAGCGAUGCUGGCCAACUUGUCUGCUGGUCCUAGAGGUGAGUCCAUCACCAUUGAAGUCUGUGCAAGCUCACUCUGGCUGCUGACUAAAUGUU